GUUCCGAAUGGGCUUGCUGACUUUUCAGAAGCGCUUGUUUCGCAGGUUCUAAACUCGACUCAAUAGCCAUCACAGCGUCACGCUGCGUGAUCAAUUGUUCCGAGCCCCUGUGGUGCUCAAUAGUUGCUCGCGUAUCGAACGAGGCUCGCUGAUUAGUUAGCCUCUUGCGGCUUCCAGCGUGGACAAAAAAGAAAGCUGCUAUGACAAGAGAGCUCCUAUUCAGGCGUAGAGGUAUAACCUCUCAAGUAGUAGAAUGUUACAUCCUUCUUGUGGUAACCACCCUCGCCGUUUCCCCCUUUGUACACGUCCUCGGGCAAAAUCCGCCGCCACUGGAUAACAACACUGGUUACCCGAAUUGCCCGAGUGGUAACCCGCCGGCGAUUCCCGCGGUUGCGCCGCUGCGAUGCCCCGCGUACAUCGGGAUCACGUGCUGCGACAACUGCGGCGACGUGAACAACGCGCUCUCAUUGGCCAGCGCGAAUCUGUACGACGUCGUCCAGGGGCUUGACCCGAGCGUGAUGUCGCAGAUCCCCGUGGCAAUUCUGGGAGACAUCUCGCGCGACACGAUGGUGUGUGACUCUAUCGCGGUGCAACAGCAGUGCAUGCAGCUGCUAGACGACUUGGUGUGCGCAGCCACCUGCGACCCCAACGCCGGCACCUACAUUACCGUCAAUGAUUUCGUUGGCUCCACCGAAGUGGCCGUGUGCCUCAAAGAGGCCGACACUGUUUACGAAGCCUGCAACAGCAUCCUUGCCGUCCCAACUCCCAAGGGCGGCACAGCAGACCUGUCUCCCUACAUCACCGACGCACGCACCUUCAUGACUCAGAUCGUCGGGGGCAUUCUGCGCCUGGUCAUGGGGAACGAUAAGAUUCAAGUCGUGCUGGCCAGCACCAAGUGCAUUGCCGGCAACACCAACGUGAACCCUCCCGCCACGGCAUGCUGUGACACCUUCUCCUCAGUCCCCGACACCUGCACAGUCAGCAACGACCUCAGCAGCCUGCUAAACCGCCCCACUCCCCCCGCCUGUCUUGCUGCCACCACCACCACCCCCAUCACCACCCCCAUCACCACCCCCCCCACCACCACCCCUCCCACCACCACACCUCUCCCCGUCACCCCCACUCCUACCACUCCCUCAACCCCUGCUCCUACUCCUGCUGCCCCUGGAACGGCUGUUCCUCCUGCUUCUCCUGCUCCUGCUGCUGCCCCUAGCACUCCAGCUCCUGUUUCUCCCAGAAUCUCACCCACUCCCUCUGCACCCCAGGUGUCGCCACUACCUGCCACUCCCUCCCCGCCUCCAUCUGCUCCCAAGGCUGCUUCUCCUGCUGCUGCAGCUUAUUCCACUGCUAUAAGCUGCCUCGCUUCUGGUGUGAUGGCACUGCUCGCGCCUGCACUCUUUCUGUGAUCUAAAAACCUACGAAGCAGCUCUUAGCACCUAAAGCGCUUGAGGCUUGACCCUAGGCACUGAGUCUUGCAGUGAUAUACCUGCCUGCAGUGUACACUACCGUAAUCUCCUGGUUAGAAGACCCCCAUGUAUGCAGUGAGAUUGCCCCUUUCAGUCAUGCUGUCAAUAGUGCAUGCCCUAUUUCGUCUUUCACAGC